AUGCCCUGCGACGAAGCGCAAGGAAUGCUAUCGACAUUCGAAAGCGCCUUGGUAAGCUACCUAACAGCCUUGGCAACAGCUGAAAAGAGCUCUACGAUAUUUGAAGAGUACGAGUCGGAAGACCGCGGGCGUCUGGACAUUACAUUGGGCCUGCUCCUCGGCCCUCAUCGACCGACGGACCCUGGAACUCUCACCAAGUUCGUCUUCUGGGAUGGCGAGAGAGAUGGAGAAGAUGAGGACCAUGGAGAUGGGGACGAGAAAACGAAUGCCUGCGCUACGAGCGACUGCGAUGGUGAUCUGGAAAAUCUCAAGGAUAGCGAUGUCGCAGACGAUUUUUGA